AGUAGCAGCUGCCAGGAUCUUCCUGCAAGUUGUCGAAAGUGUGGUGUCAGUUAACAUUAAUUACUGGAACACACUUCACAGACUCUGAAGUGGACGGAUGCAGUGCAAUCACCGAUGGGAAGUAUUAAACAUACUAGAAGAUCAACCGCUUCCGUGUACUGGCCGGUUGCCAUACAAACACCCCGCUCAUGAUGGACACGGAGGGCGACGUAACCGGAACCCGGAAUUGACGUUGGCCGGAAGUGCGGGCGGCUGCUGCUCCAGGGAUGGCGGCGUUUGCGAGGUGGAGACACUUCUGGGUAUAUAGUACGCCAGAGAAGAACCACAGACAGGCCACAGCCAACUGAUGAUUGUGGGAAUGCAGGUUCUUCUUCUGCAAGCCGCCCUCCUUUAAGGUGGACAUCACAGGGCUCUGUGAGUUUGCCUACGAUGCCCAGUAAGUCACGUCGUGUGGAGUCUGAGUCAGCGGCUCCAUCUUCACCACCCAGGCGGCGCAUCUCCGCAGUGUUGCCCCAGCCACCUCUGGACAUUUUGGCAAGUACUCAAAGUGAUGAGCCACGAUCACCUCAGCUGUCUGAACCAACCAUCAUGGGCGAGGACGACCAGCAGGAACCUGACCAACAGGCUACCUUUACACUGCACCUGCAGCCCGUUGCUUCUACACUGCCAACCCAGCAGCAGGAUAUGCCUCAAGCCUCCGUAAGUCCCCAAUUGAUCCCAACUCCACCACAGCAACAAAUGUCCGCAGACUUUUGGAGCAGUUGGGCCACACAACAGGUCCAAAACACUGCCUACCUGAACACACACACACAACACCUUGCCAGUCUGCCGCAUCAUCUACCUCGCAUUAGUAGGAACUCGGGCAGACUGAUUGUUCAGGUAGGCAGAAUAGCAACUUCAAUGGAGCAAAUCAGGGCGGACAACAUGCAAAUGCUGACAAAUUUAUCCAGAGUAAUCGAUGAGCAACAGCAGCAGCAACAAGCCCUAAUACAAGUCAUCCAGCACAACCAAGUAGUGACUGAAACUUUGUCCAGAAUUGUUGCCAGCCACACUGCCACCAAUAAUCAGCUGAAUGCCAGUAUUCACAACUUGAGCCAAAGCAUUACUGUGCUGGCAGCACAACAAGUCAGCUCCAGCUCUGGAACAACGACCCCUAGCCAGACCCCAGUUACCUCCCCUGUUCGACGCUCAAGCAGAACACGGGCCAGCGAAACAGGACAAACUUCUGCACCAAGCACACACACCCAAAAAAAAUGAUGAAGGCAGGAAAUUUGUGCAACACAAUAAAUGUU